GCGGGAAAACUUACAACAGCAGCAGCAGCAGCAGCAGCGACAGAAGCGGCAGCGGCAACAAAUCGUUGGGCUAGAAAGAGUCGUCGAGCAAAAACAGGAAGUCGCAGGAAAUCAGACUCGCCGUCGCCCCAACAUGAUCUUGCGAAAGAGCAACGCGGGCCAGUGGCUGCAGCUGUACGCCCUCAUCCUCAUCCAUGCCUCAUCCUGCCACACCCCGACCAGCGCCAAGACGGUGAAUCCCGACGGCGGCGAGCUGCACCUGCAGCAGCAGCAGCAGCUCCAGGCGCUGCCCGAGCCCAGGGCCUACAUGCCGGACUCCCAGAACCUCGACUUUGUCUACCACGAUCACGAGGAGCUCACACGCUUCCUCAGAGCCACCAGUGCCAGGUAUCCCAACCUGACGGCCCUCUACUCGAUUGGCAAGUCCAUCCAGGGCCGCGAUCUGUGGGUGAUGGUGGUCAGCUCCUCGCCGUACGAGCACAUGAUCGGCAAGCCGGACGUCAAGUACGUGGGCAACAUCCAUGGCAACGAGCCCGUGGGCCGCGAGAUGCUGCUGCACCUCAUCCAGUACUUUGUGACCAGCUACAGCUCCGAUCAGUACGUCAAGUGGCUGCUGGACAACACGCGGAUACACAUUCUGCCCACCAUGAAUCCCGACGGCUAUGCGGUCUCCAAGGAGGGCACCUGCGACGGCGGUCAGGGCAGAUACAAUGCACGCGGCUUCGACUUGAAUCGCAACUUCCCGGACUACUUCAAGCAGAACAACAAGCGGGGCCAGCCGGAGACGGAUGCGGUCAAGGACUGGAUAUCCAAGAUACAAUUCGUGCUGAGCGGCAGCCUGCAUGGCGGUGCGCUGGUGGCCAGCUAUCCCUACGACAACACCCCGAACUCCAGGCUGCUCAAAGGGAUCUGCCGUUCGUCCGCUUUGUGCGCGAUGUUCCAGACCUACUCGGCGGCCCCAUCGCUGACACCCGAUGACGAUGUGCUGAAGCAUUUGUCGCUGGUCUAUGCCCGCAACCAUGCCAAGAUGUCCCGCGGCGUUGCCUGCAAAUCGGCGACGCCGGCCUUCGAGAAUGGCAUCACCAAUGGCGCCGCCUGGUAUCCGCUGACCGGCGGCAUGCAGGACUACAACUACGUGUGGUAUGGCUGCAUGGAGAUCACACUGGAGAUCUCCUGCUGCAAGUUUCCGCCCGCCUACGAGCUGAAGAAAUACUGGGAGGACAAUCAGCUGUCGCUCAUCAAAUUCCUGGCCGAGGCGCAUCGCGGUGUCCAGGGCUUUGUGUUCGAUCCCGCGGGCAUGCCCAUUGAGCGGGCCUCCAUCAAGAUCAAGGGACGCGACGUCGGCUUUCAGACCACCAAAUAUGGCGAGUUCUGGCGCAUUCUCCUGCCCGGCUACUACAAGGCGGAGGUCUUUGCUGAGGGCUUUGCCCCGCGCGAGGUGGAGUUCGUCAUUGUGGAGCAGCAUCCCACGCUGCUGAAUGUGACGCUGCAGCCCUCAAAGCGCAUGGAGGGCAUUGGCGGUGCAAUGGUAUCCGUUGGCGGAGUUGGCGGCGUUGGCGGAGCUGUCGGCGGCUUACCGGGCGUCGGCAUGUACAGGCCCAUUCAGGCGCCGCAGCAUUACAGGCCACAGAUGCCGCCAUAUGCGGCAGCUGCCACCAGCGACGUUGGCAUCUUCUCGACCAUCAGCAAUGGGCUGAACAGCCUCUACUCGAAUAUAUUCGGCUGAUGCUGAUGCUGAUGUUGAUGCUGAUGCUGAUGCGUCGCCAGUAGUCUGUAAGGAUUUUUUGUUUCUACUCUUAGUCUCUAGAAUUGUGACCACUAUUUAUUGGGAGCGAACCAGCAAUAAAGCGUUCCGCUCUGCCCAGUGCAAUCCAUCAAA